GCAUCUCUCUGUAGGCGCAUCGACCUGACAGGAAAGCAUGACAGGUGCUGCCCAGCUUCUCCUGCUGUGCUGCCUCCUGCAAGGUAGUUUAUGCCAGAACUGGGCGAGCUUCAUGCCUCAGAGACUGGAGGGACUCAGUGGGUCCUGUGUGAUGAUCCCGUGCACUUUCAGCAUUAUCCCAACAUUUUAUCAAUACCUGAUUGAUACCUGUGUAGCCAUUUGGACGACAGGCGAGCCGUUUGGUCAAACGGUGUUCAACUCUGGACUCAACAGAAACACUCUGCAAGGAAACCUGACAGGAAACCUGCGUGCAAAGAAUUGCACCACCGUCUUCCACACUAUGUUGCCACAAGAUAAAAACACAUAUUACUUCAGAGUGCAGUGUAACAACAAGUUGAAGUACAACUUUCCAGCAAACGUCCAGAUCACCAUCACAGAUUCACUUCCUGAACCGGCCAUAACUCCACCCCCGGUCGAGGUGGAGGAAGGAGAUCCAGUGAGGUUGGAGUGCUCGGCUGUAGCUCCCUGCCCCCUUCUUCCCCCGGCUCUCACUUGGACCCCUGCUAUCGGAGACGUUAAGGAGAACCAACAAAGUGCAUCCGUGAGCUCCGUUCUGAACUUCACUGCUUCCCGCCUCCACAACGGACAGAGGUUACAGUGCUCUGCUCUCUACAGACGACAGGCUGGACACAGUGACCUUCAGUAUGAAAAUAAUCUGACCCUCCGCAUUCUUUAUCCUCCAAACAACACGUCAGUCAGCCACUCGGGUCCCGUGAUAGAGGGCACCUCGGUCAACUUGACCUGCAACACCGACGCAAAUCCGGCCGUGGACGAGUUCACCUGGUACAAAGUGGAUGGAGGUCAGGUGGUGGCAGUGGGUUUCCACGCUUUGCUCUCCACUAAUGUCUCAGAGGCGGACAGCAGGUUCUUCUGCCAAGUCAGUAACAGAUAUGGAAGCCAGAACUCGUCCACCACUCAGAUAGACGUACAGUAUCCCCCUCAGAACACCUCGGUGUCAGUCGACCCCUCUGGUCCGGUGCCGGAUGGCAGGUCCGUCACUCUGACCUGCACCAGCGUCGCCAAUCCAGCAGCAGCCAACUUCAGCUGGUUCAGAGUUGCCGGAGGAGAGAAGGAGCUGAUAAGCUCGGAGCGAGACUUCACUUUCAAUGUGACCAAACUCUCGCACGACCAGUACGUCUGUAAAGCUCUGAAUGUCCACGGAGACGAUGACUCAGAGCUCGUCAGUAUUGAUGUCACAUAUUCUGCCUUCUUCACGCUGUGUCAGCAUUGGUUCCCUGAUACGAUGUGACUGUAACAGCCAGGGGAACCCUUCUCCCUCCCUUUUUUGGGAAUUGGCUGGCAAGGCUGUCGAUCACUCUGUCAUCCCAACCAGGGAAGUUCCCCU